CAUGGACUCUCUUUUCCUGCUUGCAGCUCCCCUUCACAGGUUUGCUUUGCAGUCUCUCAGUCUCCUCUGGGAAGCCUGAAGUUCCGCAGCAAGCUGGCCUUCUCCUCCCUUGGAACACGGAAACCAGACCUUUACCUGAAGAGCCCCAGCCCGAGACCUCCCGAUGGAUGAGUCCAAUGUCACAGGGCCAGGGUCCCUUGCUGACGAGGAGCCCAUGAACACUUCAGCUAAUAGAAACGCCUCCCUUGGGGCUUCACAGCCACCCAUUCCCAUCGUGCACUGGGUCAUCAUGAGCAUUUCCCCGGUGGGCUUUGUGGAGAACGGGGUCCUCCUCUGGUUCCUCUGCUUCCGGAUGAGGAGAAACCCCUUCACGGUGUACAUCACCCACUUGUCCGUGGCCGACAUCUCUCUGCUCUUUUGCAUUUUCAUUCUGUCCAUCGACUAUGCUUUAGAUUACGAGCUAUCCUCCGGCCAUUACUACACAAUCGUCACACUCUCGGUGACUUUUCUGUUUGGCUACAACACAGGCCUCUACCUGCUGACGGCCAUCAGCGUGGAGAGAUGCUUAUCGGUGCUCUACCCCAUCUGGUACCGAUGUCACCGCCCCAAGCACCAGUCAGCGCUCGUGUGUGCCCUCCUGUGGGCACUCUCCUGCUUGGUGACCACCAUGGAAUACGUCAUGUGCAUCGACAGCGGGGAAGAGAGCCAUUCGCACAGUGACUGCCGCGCCGUCAUCAUCUUCAUAGCCGUCCUGAGCUUCGUGGUGUUCACCCCGCUCAUGCUGGUGUCCAGCACCAUCUUGGUGGUGAGGAUCCGGAAGAACACGUGGGCCGCCCACUCCUCCAAGCUGUACCUGGUCAUCAUGGUCACCAUCAUCAUCUUCCUCAUCUUCGCCAUGCCCAUGCGCCUUCUCUACCUGCUUUACUACGAGCACUGGUCAGCCUUUGGGAGCCUGCACAACAUCUCUCUGCUCUUCUCCACCAUCAACAGCAGCGCCAACCCCUUCAUCUACUUCUUCGUGGGCAGCAGCAAGAAGAAGCGCUUCAAGGAGUCUUUGAAAGUGGUUCUGACCAGGGCUUUCAAAGACGAAACGCAGCCCAGGCGCCAAGAGGACGGCGGGAACGCCACCUCCCUUGAGACUGUCGUCUGAGCACCUGUCUGGGCAUCGUGGGCAGACAUGGCAAAACACAGGUGGCUUUGUGCGUGCCUGGAAUGAAACUGGACCAGUUUUGGAGCUCCUAGCUAUGAUACAGGAGGACAGCCAUUCCACAUGCAUGAGAUUGCAAUUCAUGACGCGGCUGUGCCCUUGUCCUGUGUUGUCUGGUGAUGCCUUGGUCCCUGCUGAACCUGUCAUUUCUGUACUUUCCAAAAACUCCUGCUCUUCUCAGCGCUCCGGCCACAUUUUACCAAGAGCCAUUGAAACUCCUGUACCGGGACGUGCGCUGAAGAGGGGAAUGACAGCGUCUGUG